AUGAGGAAGAAAUCAAAAAGCAAAAACUCAUCUCCAAAUCUACCACCAGGACCGUGGAAAUUGCCACUGAUAGGGAGUAUGCACCAUUUAGUUGGCUCCCUACCCCACCAACGCCUGAGAGACUUGGCUAAAAAGCAUGGACCUCUCAUGCACCUUCGACUUGGUGAAGUUACUAACAUUGUUAUUUCUUCACCUGAAACUGCUAAACAAGUGAUGAAAACCCAUGAUGUCAUAUUUGCUCAAAGGCCCUUUCUCCUUGCUGCCAGUAUUGUGGCUUAUGAAUUUUCAGACAUCGCAUUCGCUCCUUAUGGAGACUAUUGGAGACAAAUGCGAAAAAUUUGCACGCUGGAGCUGCUAACGGCGAAAAGAGUGAAGUCAUUUAGAUCAAUCAGAGAAGAAGAAAUGUCAAAACUCAUUAGAUCCCUGUCUUCUAGUGCAGGAUCGCCAAUCAACUUUGGCAAGAUGUUCAGUUCUUUAACCUACAGCAUCACUUCUAGAGCAGCCUUUGGUAAGAUAUGGAAGGGAGAAGAAACCUUCAAAUCAGCAGUCAAAAAACUCAUACAAUUGGCUGGCGGUUUCACUCUUGCUGAUGUCUACCCGUCCAUCAAAUUGCUUCAUAUGAUCAGUACGACGAGGCCUAAAUUAGAGAGGCUUCGUCAAAUAAUAGAUGAGAUAUUUGACAACAUCAUCCAUGAGCAUAAAGCUAGAAAGGCAGCAGCAAAAUCUGGUACUGAUAGUGAAGAACAAGAUUUCGUAGAUGUCCUCCUGAAUUGUCAGGAUGGUGCAGACCUUGAAUUCCCUUUAACAAACGACAACAUAAAAGGAGUCAUCCUGGACACCUUCAUUGCUGGUAGCGAGACAUCGUCUACAACUGUAGAAUGGGCAAUGUCUGAGAUGCUAAAAAAUCCAAGAGUGAUGGAAAAGGCACAAGCUGAGGUGAGGAUGGUCUUUGGUGUAGAAGGAAACAUUGAUGAAGAAAGACUUCAUGAACUGCACUACUUAAAGAUGGUAAUCAAAGAAACUCUAAGACUACACCCUCCUAUUGCAUUGCUACUUCCAAGAGAAUGUAGGGAGAAUUGUGUGAUUAACGGUUUCGACAUUCCUGUGAAGUCCAAAGUUACAGUGAACGCAUGGGAGGAUUUGUCCAGGAAUAUUGUUUGGCAUGGCUAA